AUGAGUGGUAGCACAUUCGGCGUCUGUUUGCUUUCGUGUGCCGUUUAUCUGAUUUUUGUCGUAGGUCAGUCACAUCAGUUGCUGAUUGAAGACACUGUGACCCGUCAUGGAUAUCCGGUUGAGAAGCACCAAGUUGUCACCAGUGAUGGCUACAUGCUGACGUUAGUUCGAAUACCCAAACCAGGUCGUCGACCAGCCUUGAUGGUGCAUGGAAUGGUGUACUCUUCCGCCGAAUGGUGCAUCUACGGCAAACAGUCUCUGGCGAUGCGGGUAUACGAUGCUGGGUUCGACGUUUGGCUACCGAACUGUCGAGGGAACACCUUCUCCCUGAAGCAUACGAAACUUGACGUUCGGAGUGAAAAGUAUUGGGAUUUUAGUUUCCAUGAAGUGGGGCUGUAUGACUUGUCGGCACUGUUCGACUACGUUCUGAGGCUUACCGGGUUCUCCAAGCUAAACUACGUCGGACAUUCUCAAGGAACUACUUCAUUUCUGGCGCUGAACUGUCUACAGCCACAGUAUGGUGACAAGGUUCAGACCGCUCAUCUCUUGGCUCCCGCAGCAAUUAUGUUGCAUACCUAUUCUCCACUAUCAUGGCUGCUCAUUGCAAGGAAAAACGAAAUAAAGGUGAGAGUUGCAGCAUUCACUACGUUACGUUCUAACAUCAUUAACCCUCACUAGCUCCUCGCAAAGAUGACCAACAAUUGGCAGAUGUUCCCCCACGAUGACUACUCCCCCAUUUUUGGAGCAUCUUUAUCAACAUACGUACCACCGGAGUUGUUCCUGAUGGUCAUGUACUCGUUCGGUGGGAUGCGUUCGGUUCAACUCAACAAUACGGUGAUCAGAAAAAUCAUGGAAACCGUCCCAGCCGGGGCAUCGCUCAAGCAGCUCGAGCACUACGGACAAAUCAUAGCGAGCGGGAAGUUUCACCAGUAUGACUACGGGAAGGCCGGCAAUGUGGAACGGUACAAUGCCACACGCCCUCCAGAAUACCGACUGGAGAAUGUUCGAGCUCCGGUGGCUUUGUACUACAGUGAAAACGAUUGGUUCGUUGAUCCGAAGGAUGUGCAGCUGCUGAAGACCAAGCUUACGAAUGUGAUAUUCGAUUAUCGGGUCACAGCUCCGGAAUUCAAUCAUUUGGAUUUUCUGUUUGAUCAAGCUGCAGUUAAGAUAUAUGAAGAAAUCAUUCGUAUUAUAAUGACUAGU